AUGAUAAAUAAUCUUAAGGGUUAUUUUUACAUCUACUCAUAGCCUUAUACAAACAUUUAUCAGCAUACCAAAGUAAUAAAUAUUAUAUCUAUUUACUAACUUUUUGAUAUGAUAAUCACAAUUGUUGAUGCAAGUACUUAGAAGAUGGAUGGUACAAGAAUAAUGUUGAUAGUGAGAAUUAUUGUAUAAAUUAAUUUAUAUAUUUAUAGGUUCAAGCUGUGUUAUUGAUAUUAUUUUGGUUGAUUUUUAAUUGUUUAAGAAAAUUUAGAAAUGGAUUUCUAAAUGUUGCUACAUUUAUAUAUUUUAUUUCACUUUCUAUUUGCUGGACUGAAACUGACUAUUAUUUAUUUUAUGAAUUGAAGAAACCCUAUACUAGUUAUACAGCUGAAAUCUAAACCUUAUUAUUAGGAUUGGUGCUAUUACAAGAAUCUUAAAUAUGCUAAACAAUAUCUCUAUUAUUUUCGUUAUUCUACUCUCUUUUUCGGUAAAUAUAAUUUAUACUAAUAUAUAGAAUAUAGCUAUUCUAAAAUAAAAUUGAUAUUCUUUCUUCAAUUAGGAUAGUAUUAAUACACAUAGCAUUUUAAAUAUUUUUGUUGUAAUUACCAUAAAAGAAAAAGAAAUUAAACAAUUAAUUAGUAAUGUUGGGUUAAUAGUCUAAAAAUUAUGUUCCAAUAUAAAGUAAUAGAUAAUCUUAACCAAAUUAAUAAUGGCGGCUUUCUACUUACCUAAAUUAAUAAGAUUAUGAAAUCAAAAAAAGAUUAACAUAAUAAUUUAAAGAAAAUGAAGUUAUUGUAUCUGAAGAAAACAGAUUAGAUACUGAAAGGUAAAAUUUAGACUAAUUUUAUGAAAAUGUCUUAAAUAAUAUAUAAAUAGGAAUAUUUGUUCUAGAUAACUUAUAGACUCCAGUUAAAUCUAUUAAUCCAUAUAUGUCACAUUUAGUACUAAAAGAUGAUCAAUUAAGUGAUGAAUUUUUGAAUUCUGAGAUUUUUGAUUUUGGAAUUGCUUUUGAAGAUAAUUUAACAGUUUUACCUAAAUUUCAUAGAAGUAAAGACAUAGGAAAUUUUAUCAAAUUCAUGUAAACUCUUGAGUAAGUAUUUUUAUUAUUAUUAUUGUGCUUAGAGUAUAAAUUAUGAAAAUGGAAAUAUUGGAUUAAAAGAAGUUUAAUUUUUUCAUAAAUCUAUGAAAAUUAAAACUUUGAUUGAACAUCUAAUACCCUUUUAACAUUUUAAAUUCAAUUAAUGUUAAAAUUUAAUAGAUUUCUCACUUAAAAUAUAUCUUAAAUAAGGUAAUUUAAUCUUAAUUUAGAUAAUCUAUAUACUUGUGUUGUAUUAUCCCCAAUAUUAUAAAGACAUAAACCUUAAUUAAUUUUAUUUGUAUCAGAUCUUACAGAUGAACCAUUCAUGACAUAAUUGAAUUAAUUUAAUUAGAAUAGUGAUUUAUUAGUUUCUGAUAUUUCUUAGAAAAUUAAAUAACCACUGAAUUGUACAAUAUCAAUGUUAGAAAUUACAAUUGUAUUUAUAAUAUUGAAAUAUAGCAUUCUGUUCCAUUUGAAAUUUAGGAAAAGUUCUUAAAUCCAGCUCUUGCAGGUUGUAAAUUAUUAAUCAGUACUGCUAAUGAUAUUUUAGACUAUGUUACAAUAAGGAAGAAAGGUAAAUUAGAACUUUGUCAAAUGGAUGUUCAUGUAAGGUAAUUUAUAUAACAUAAAAAUAAUUUAGAGAAUUUAUAACUGAUUCAAUAAAUAUAAUAAAAUAAUAAGCAUUAUUUAGAGGAUUAUAGAUCUAAGUUAAUGUUCGGCAUAAUGUACCUGCUUUUUUUAGAACAGAUCCUAAUAGAUUGAGAUAAAUCUUAUUAAAUUUAUUAGUAAGUUCAAUAUAAGCAACAAUAAAUGGAACUAUUGUAGUAUCAGCUAGUAAAUCAACUUUGAUAUAAGAUCAUAUUGAAUUAGUUAUCAAAGUUCAUGCAUUAGAAAUGAAUUAAUCUGUAUUAAAAACAAUUGAUAAAACAGUAAGAUUUUUUAAAUCUUAAAAUUUGUUAACAUCAACAAUGAUAGAUUUAGCAAAUGCAGGUCGAAAAUAUAGUCAAUCAAUUUUAAUAGCAUUUUGUUUAUCUCUUAGUAUUUCAACUAUUCCAUUUGAAUAUCAUUAUGAAAAAAAUGAAGAUUAUGAAGAGUUUUGUUUCAUUAUUUAAAUAUAAAACAAAAAUCCAAACUUUUCAUAACAAUUGAAUUUUAAACGAUAAUCUGCUCUUAGCAUUCAACAAUUAAAUUUUAAAUAAUCUUAUUAAAUUGAUCAAGGAUUUAGAAGACAUUAAUCAUCACGAUAAAGUUUAUUUGAUAAAGCUAGCAUAGCAAUACAAGGAUCGUUUGAAAAAUAGAAAUUUAAAUAAUAAGCAUUAUAGUAAUAGAAAUUAUAAUCAUAAUCCUAAAUAUUAGCUACUUAAUCCUAAAGAAAAGAUUCUGGAAUUAAAUUAUCAACUUCUUUUGGAUAAUAAAAUUAAUCUCGUUUCAUUGUACCAAGAACAUCAUAAGGUGAUAUUGAUGUUGAUUUUCUACCUACUUUUAAGACAAUAAAAUCUUAAGAUCAAAGUAAAAAGAUUAAAUAAAUGAUUUCUCAUUCUAAAUCAGAUAUAUCUAUAGUAUCAGAAUAAAACUCUAAAGAAUCCAAAGGUGAAAAUGAGAGUUCCCAUAAUAGUUUAGAUGUUGGUGUUCAAUUAGAUAAAUUUUUAUAUAAUGAGUCUGGAAAAAUUGAUGAAAAGGAUUCUCCUUUAGUUAUAAUGUAAUAAUCAAUCAAUUAUACUUACAAUAAUAAUCUUACAGCUAGCAAAAGAGACUCAGUAUUAACUUUUGGAGGAAGAUCAAGUAUAUUCUCAUCAAUGAGAUAUUCGGCCAGCAUUAUGUAACCAAAUGAUUUAAUUGACUGUUUUGAAAAGAUGGAAAAAAUUAAAUAAUAAAAGUAUAAUUAAAAAUGCUAAGUAAAUAUUUAUUAUUUAUAUAAAGUGUCCAAAAAUUUUGAUUUGUGAAUAGAAUGAUUUCGAUUUAUAUGCUGUAUCUCAUUAACUUGGGAAUAUUGGGAUGAAUUUUGAUUAUACAAUGUAGAGAUCUUAAAUACAUGAAAAAUUAAAAACAGCUUAUGAGAUAGAAAAGUCUUGUUGCAAAGGAUAUUAGUUAAUAUUCAUUAGUGUAGAGUUUGUAGAUGAAGAAUUAAGUGAACAAUGUAAUUUAAUAAAAAAUAUUAACUCUCAAUUUAAAAAAGAAGCAAGAAUUAUAGGAUUAAUAGGAUUUCAGGAUGAUGAGAAUAGAAUUGCAAUAAAGAAGUUACCAUUUCAUGAUUUCCUAUCAAAACCAUUGAUGAUAGAUGCUUUAUUGUUUAUAUUAGCAAAGUGGGUGAAAUUGUGA